AUGACUGGUUACUAUUUUCUCUCUCUAACUUUACUAGCAACAUGUUGCAGUUUUGUGCUGUGUGAUUUUUACAAAAACGUGCCUUUGACGAAAUCCCGGCCGUUCAGUGACGAACAAAUUAAGAAUCAACUGGACCACGUCCAUCUCACCUACAAGAACAUUCCAGUGAUUACACCUGAAACCUUCCAUAGACUUUCCCCAGUCAAGAAAUUAGAAGUCGAGUUUUGCAAUGUUAAAUCAAUUGACGAAGAUUCUUUCCGGGCUUUGGAAAACUUACAAAAACUCAGUCUGAAGCACAAUUUACUUACCGAAAUCCCCAAUGGUACUUUUUCCGCAACCAACAUCGAAGAACUGGAUCUGAGUGACAACCAAAUUGAGAAGAUAGAAAGUGGGGCCUUUGGCUACAUGCCCAAUCUGAGAAGCAUCAAGUUGAAGAACAACAAGAUCCAAAUGUAUCACAAUUCGUGGUUUGAGUUAGCUCCAAACUUGUGUUUUCUCAACUUGGAAAAUAAUUUAAUGACCGCUCUACCGACCAGAAUUUUGGGCUCAAGACAAGCGUGGACGUGCAAUGUUGACGUUAUUUUCAGCCACAAUAGUCUGGAGGAAAUAGAUGAGGAAGCUUUUCUUAAUUACAAGUUGAACAAAUUGUAUCUGGACCAUAACAAAAUCAGGGUUUUGCCAAAAAAUGUUUUUAGCAAUGCCGUUCAAAUUUCGCACUUGAAACUCAAUAACAAUCGGCUUGACUGUACUUUACCCGAAAUGAGUACCGUGGAAAAAUACGAUGUUAAUGAUAAUUCGUGUUUGUUUGAUUUGCAAGGCGAAAAGUUGGAAACUUCUACUCCAGAAGCUAGUACUACGGAAAGGGUUCUGCGGUACUACCACCAGUACCAACACCAGAGAGAUUUUCUUCCACCACCUUUCCACCCCUCUAUGGGUAGGAACAGGUACAACUCGUUUCUACGUAUUGGAUAA